UGAAGAGAGAGCAGGGAGAAGCAGAAUGCAGAGCAGGAGGGAGUGGAUUUCCACACACUGAAAAUACUGCUUUCCACUGAAUAUUCUGUUCCAAAAACAUGUAAUCAAGAUGAAGAUGUAUAUGACUUUCCUCUGCUUGAGCUGUGGCUGGAUGCAAACAACUUGUGCUGCUAGUGUGACUCUGUCACCAUCCUCUGCACCAGUGACACCCACUGAAGAUGAGAGCUCCAAACUUGUGGAUUGGCUGAUGAAGUAUGGUUACCUCCCACCCUCAGACCCUUCCACCGGUCAGCUGCAGGCUUGGACAGGUGUCACCAAUGCUGUGAGGGCCAUGCAAAGGUUUGCAGGCCUAAAAGACAGCGGAGUUGUAGAUGAGGAGACAAUGGCGGUGAUGAACACGCCACGCUGCUCACUACCAGACCAGGAGGAAUCAUCCAUACUAUCGGCCAACCAAGAGAAAAUAAAUAUGAGGAGGCGGAGAAGAUGGGCUGUCUCCAUGUGGACGCGCGGGAACAUCAACUGGAGGUUGCAGUCAUAUCCCUCCUCUUCUCAUCUGUCUCGGGAAACAAUUCGCUCACUUAUCUUCUACGCUUUAAGAGUGUGGGCCGAGCCAACGCCACUGGAGUUCCAUGAGGUGGGCAGUCCGGAUGCAGCUGACCUGCGGGUAGACUUCUUCCAUGGUUACCAUGGUGAUGACUAUCCCUUUGAUGGGGCAGGUGGAGCAGUAGGCCACGCUUUCUUCCCCUCAGACCCAGCCCGGGCGGGAGUAGUUCAUUUGGAUGCGGAGGAAGAGUGGGCAUUCAGACAGCCAGUCUCUGAGGGUACCGACCUGUUCACAGUGCUGGUUCAUGAGUUUGGCCACGCACUGGGCCUUCCUCAUUCCUCAUCCCGUCACUCAGUCAUGAGGCCAUACUACCUGGGUCCUGUCGGAGACCCUCUCCACUACCGCCUGGGACCCCAAGACCUGGAGCACAUCACUCAGCUCUAUGGUCAAAUGAACAAGCUGCUGCCUACGGAGGCUCCUCGUAUCACCACAGAGUUGCACCACAGAGGCCAUCAUCAUCAGCAUCAUCAUAGGCAUGGCCCCUCCAUAGAUCACUGCAACACCAGUUUUGAUGCUGUGGCAAAGAUUCGAGGAGAGACUUUCUUCUUCAAAGGUCAGAUGAUGUGGAGGGUCAAUGGCGGAGGCUUGGUGUCGGGGCGCGGCUCUUCAGUAAGGAGGUUGUGGAGGGGUCUGCCCCCUGACCUGCUUCAUCUUCAAGCUGUGCUGGAGAGGCGCUCGGAUCAUGCUAUCAUCUUUAUCAGUGGUCACCAGUUCUGGCUCUUCAAGGACCUUUCUCUGCAAGAAGGUUACCCUCAGCCCCUGUCUGCUCUCAGGACGGGCGUCAGCUUAGAUUUAGCAGACACUGAUAACGACGAUGAUGACGAGCAGGCAGCAGGAGCAUUAGAGAGAUGGGGCCUGGUCUGGGACCCGGAGGAGGGGGCUGUGUGGGGAAAAAUUGGAGAUGCCAAACAAGAGAAUCAAGGAGACACGUGGACACAACUACUUAAAGAGGGUGUGAAUGGAAUCACUACAGACACUAAUGGCUCUGUCUAUCUCUUUAAAGGAGAGUCCUACUGGAAGUUCAUGUUUCCAGGUUCAUCACUGCAUGAUGGAUACCCACGAUCCUCUGCUGCAGACUGGCUGGGCUGCACUGACUCAUCCUCACCUGGGAUGCAGGACCUCUCCUUCUCACUGUCAUCACCUGGAGGAAGAGAGGAGCUCAGGGAGAGUUGGAGAUAUCGGGGAGAGGAGGAAGAACUGAUAAAAAGAAAGCGGGUCAGAGACAGAACUAAACACAAAGAGGUGCUGGACAGAGGUUCACACAUCUGGACAAAAUGCACAUGCCGAAACGGAGCCCUGGGAGGCAGGACGACAUUUUUGAUAGCUGCCUUGCUGCAGGUUACAUGGGCACUGUUAGCUGUUUAAAGGCGCACAAUGAAAGAAAAACUGAGGUUUUACUAGAAAAAAGAGAGUGUGUACAACCUUUCCACAAGCACUCGCAUCCUCGCCCUGUACUCCUGUCUGAGUGUGAGAUUAGAAAUGUGCUGCUGGUUUCAGGUAGCAGUGGUGCUAAUUACGAGUGCUAUUUUAAUCAGGAGGCAUAUUUAUUUACCUGUCCACCAGUCACCCGGUCAUAUUGUGAGUUAUGACCAGAAAACUGGUUCCAUCUGUGAAGGACUGAAGUUGCCAAAAUCAAUUAUUAACAAAAACAACAACAAUAAUAAUAAAUAAUAAUAAUACUAAUAAUAAUAAUCACACAGACAUUAACUGACUGAUAAUUUGACAUGUUUGUAUUUACAGAUAUCAGUGUUUUAAAUGUAUGUAUGGAUCUCUGUAUUACUUUUCUUUUACAUUCAUACUUUACAGAAAUACUAAUCUAUCCCAGGCAUCACAGACACUCACCACACUCGAAGAUUGAAGUGGUUUGGGGAAGUUAAAAUUA